GACCUGAGCAAAAAUCCGGCGAAACCCAAAAUGACGGUGGCGAGGUUAAUAAGGUUGCUCCCAAGAUUUACAAGAGCUUCAAUUUACUCUUCAUCAGUGACGCGUCUGUUUUCUACCUCCGACGUCGUCGUUUCGAGCACCGCCGCAGACCUCGCCGGCGUCAGCGACGACGACGAUGAAGACGGGCCCGUCUACUCCACCCCAGCUUCUGCUUCUUCCUCGGCGGUUCUGCUGCCCACUCUGCUUCAGCCACGUGUGGUGGUGUUCGAUGGGGUCUGCCAUCUCUGCCAUGGAGGUGUGAAGUGGGUGAUUAAAGCAGACAAGCACAGGAAGAUCAAGUUCUGCUGCCUUCAGUCUGAGACAGCUGAGCCUUAUCUGAGGUUGUGUGGGCUUGAUCGAGACGAUGUUCUUAAGAGAUUCUUGUUUGUUGAAGGCCCUGGGUUGUAUCAUCAAGGUUCAACUGCUGCGCUGAAAGUAUUGUCGUACUUGCCUCUCCCUUACUCUGCUUUAAGUGCAUUCUUGGUAAUCCCAACUCCUCUGCGAGAUAUUGUAUAUGAUCAUGUGGCCAAACGACGGUAUGACUGGUUUGGCAAGUCUGAAGAUUGCUUGGUCUUGAAAGAAAAGGAGUUGCUCGAGCGUUUCAUUGAUAGGGAAGAGUUAGCUAGUCAAGAUCAAUCAGAUUUCUAAAUUAGCUGCAUUCACACAUGAUUUGCUUAUAGAUGUAUGGAAGGGAA